AUGGCUUCCACAGCUCCAUCGGAUGGCACCGGUAUCAUCGACCUUGAUCCGUGGCUGGAGCCCUUCCGCGAAGCUAUCCAACGCCGAUUCAACUAUGUUGAUAGCUGGAUUAAGACCAUUGACGAGGCGGAGGGCGGACUCGAUAAGUUCAGCAAGGGCUACGAGAGAUUCGGCUUCAAUGUCAGCGAUAACGGUGACAUCACCUACAGGGAGUGGGCGCCAAACGCUGUAGAGGCGGCGCUGGUGGGUGACUUCAACAAUUGGGACACCGGGGCUAAUCCGAUGACGAGAAACGACUUUGGCGUCUGGGAGAUUGCCCUCCCUGCGAAGGAUGGUGCGCCCGUAAUACCGCACGAUAGUAAGGUCAAGAUCACGAUGGUUACACGCAGCGGAGAACGGAUAUAUCGGAUUCCCGCAUGGAUAAAACGUGUUGUGCAAGAUCUGGACGUCUCGCCCAUCUACGAGUCUGUGUUCUGGAACCCACCAGAGGCUAAGCGGUACAACUUUCAACAUGGGCGCCCUAAGAAACCCGAAAGUCUACGUAUUUACGAAGCUCACGUCGGCAUCUCGUCUCCGGAAACUAAAGUUGCGACAUACAAAGAGUUCACGGCCAACAUGCUCCCUCGGAUCAAGUACCUCGGCUACAACGCAAUCCAGCUCAUGGCUAUCAUGGAACAUGCCUACUAUGCCAGCUUCGGGUACCAGGUCAACAACUUCUUCGCGGCGAGUAGCCGCUACGGCAAUCCUGAGGACCUGAAAGAACUGGUAGACACGGCGCACAGCAUGGGCUUGGUCGUUCUUCUUGACGUGGUGCACAGUCAUGCAUCCAAGAACGUUGACGACGGCUUGAACAUGUUCGAUGGGAGCGAUCAUCUGUAUUUCCACUCUGGGCCGAAAGGACAGCACGACUUAUGGGACAGUCGACUAUUCAACUAUGGAAACCAUGAGGUUCUGCGUUUCCUCCUCAGCAACCUUCGCUUCUGGAUGGAGGAGUAUGGCUUUGACGGGUUCCGUUUCGACGGUGUCACUAGCAUGCUAUAUACCCAUCACGGUAUUGGGACUGGCUUUUCAGGCGGCUACCACGAAUACUUCGGUCCAGCUGUCGACGAUGACGGCGUGAUGUACCUAGCCCUAGCAAACGAAAUGCUACACCGUCUCUACCCGGAAUGCAUAACAGUCGCAGAAGAUGUAUCCGGAAUGCCAGCAUUAUGCCUUCCACACAGCGUUGGCGGAGUCGGUUUCGACUACCGUCUCGCGAUGGCCAUACCAGACAUGUACAUCAAGCUUCUGAAAGAAAAGUCGGACGCCGAUUGGGACAUUGGCAAUCUUGCCUUCACUUUGACAAACCGUCGUCACGGCGAGAAGACCAUUGCAUACGCAGAAAGCCACGAUCAAGCCCUCGUCGGCGACAAGACCCUGAUGAUGUGGCUCUGCGACAAGGAAAUGUACACCCACAUGUCCGUCCUGACCGAGUUCACACCCAUCAUCGAGCGCGGGAUGGCCCUCCAUAAAAUGAUCCGACUCGUCACCCACGCCCUCGGCGGCGAAGGCUACCUCAACUUUGAAGGCAACGAAUUCGGCCACCCCGAAUGGCUCGACUUCCCUCGCGCCGGCAACAACAACUCCUUCUGGUAUGCGCGCCGCCAGCUAAACCUAACCGAAGACCAUCUACUGCGUUACAAGUUCCUCAACGAGUUCGACCGCGCCAUGCAGCUGACCGAAUCCAAAUACGGCUGGCUCCAUGCGGCACAGGCUUAUAUCUCCCUGAAGCACGAAGGCGACAAGGUCCUUGUCUUUGAGCGGGCAGGUCUCCUAUGGGUCUUCAACUUCCAUCCCACGGAGAGCUUCACCGAUUAUAGGGUCGGCGUUGAGCAGGCCGGGACUUACCGGGUUGUGCUUGAUACUGACGACGAGGCGUUUGGGGGCUUAGGGAGGAUCGAUAAGGGAACCAGGUUCUUCACGAGUGAUAUGGGGUGGAAUGGGAGGCGGAAUUUCCUGCAGGUUUAUAUUCCUACCAGGACUGCUUUGGCGCUAGCUUUGGAGGAAACGCUAUAA